AUGGCAACAGCCUACAUGGACCCCAACCUAAACCACGCCCUCCUGGGAGGAGCCAAGUCCCGGCUGAGUGCUGGGGCAUCAGACAGAACUGGCUCUGUGGACAGGGUUCUUAAAGUUUUCCAUUACCAUGAGACCAACACUGAACACAGCUUCUCGGCCAAUAUCAGAUAUGGAGACGCCACUGAUGUCAGGGGGAUCAUCCAGAAGAUUCUGGACAUCCACAAAGUACGCUGGACUAAUUGUUUUGGGCUCCGCCUCAGCCACGCCCAUACCAGAGACCAGGUGCAUUGGCUCCACCCUGAUAUGGGUGUGUCACAUGUCAGAGAGACGUACGAACAAGCCAGAUCCAAUGACGAGUGGAGGUAUGAGUUAAGGAUACGGUAUCUACCAAAGGGCUUUGUCCAACAGUUUACAGAAGACAAACCUACACUCAACUAUUUCUACCACCAGGUGAAGUACGACUACAUGACGGAGAUUGGAGAUCAGGUUGACCAAGAUGUGGCUCUGAAACUGGGCUGUUUAGAAAUCAGGAGGUUUUUUAAGGAAAUGAGAGGAAAUGCCCUUGACAAGAAAUCCAACUAUGAACUACUGGAAAAGGAUGUUGGUCUGAGACGCUUUUUCCCCAAAGAACUGUUGGAUUCAGUGAAGGCUAAAACUCUUCGUAAGCUGAUUCAACAGACCUUUAAGCAGGUGGCCAACCUCAACGAUCAGCAGUGCAUCCUGAAGUUCUUGGAGAUACUUGCACCAGUUUACCGCUAUGACAAGGAGUGCUUUAAAUGUGCCCUUGGGAGCAGCUGGGUGAUCCAGGUAGAGUUAGCCAUUGGGCCAGAGGAAGGGAUCAGCUACCUCACGGACAAGGGAUCCACGCCAACACAUCUUGCUAACUUUAACCAGGUUCAGUCCAUCCAGUACUCUGCCAUGGAGGAGAAGGACAGGAAAGGCAUGUUACAGCUCAAUGUGGCAGGAGCUGCUGAGCCGCUCACAGUUACAACAGCAUCACUGACCACGGCAGAGAACUUAGCUGACCUCAUUGAUGGUUACUGUCGACUCGUCUCUAUGGAAACACAUUCCUUCAUUGUCAGAGUUCAGAAAGAGGGAGAGAGAGCGCUUCCCUCCAUCCCAAAGUUGUCUAAUAAUGAGAAGAAGUUAGAAGCGGUCAGGAGUGGAGUCAGAGCCAUCUCUGUUUCAGAGACUGAUGACUAUGCUGAGAUAGUUGAUGAAGAGGACACAUACACCAUGCCCUCCACCCGGGACUAUGAGAUCCAGAGGGAGAGGAUCGAACUGGGGCGCUGCAUCGGAGAGGGUCAGUUUGGAGAUGUUCACCAGGGGGUCUACAGCUACCCGGAUAAGGCGGCUCUGCCUGUGGCCAUUAAGACCUGUAAGAACUGUACAUCAGACAGCGUCAGGGAGAAGUUCCUACAAGAAGCAUUAACCAUGCGUCAGUUUGACCAUCCUCACAUUGUGAAGCUGAUUGGAGUCAUCACAGAGAAUCCUGUGUGGAUCAUUAUGGAGCUGUGUACUCUUGGAGAGUUGCGUUCAUUCCUUCAGGUGAGGAAGUACAGUCUGGACCUGGCUUCUCUCAUUCUGUUUGCCUACCAGCUGAGCACAGCCCUGGCCUACCUGGAGAGUAAACGCUUCGUACACAGGGAUAUUGCAGCCCGUAACGUCCUGGUGUCUUCAGUGGACUGUGUGAUGCUGGCAGACUUUGGUCUGUCCAGAUACAUGGAGGACAGUUCCUACUACAAAGCUUCUAAAGGUAAACUUCCAAUCAAGUGGAUGGCUCCUGAAUCUAUAAACUUCAGAAGAUUUACUUCUGCCAGUGACGUGUGGAUGUUUGGUGUGUGUAUGUGGGAGAUCUUGAUGUAUGGCAUUAAGCCGUUCCAAGGAGUGAAGAACAAUGAUGUGAUUGGCAGGAUAGAGAAUGGUGAGAGAUUGGCUAUGCCUCCUCAGUGCCCGCCCACUCUCUACAGUCUAAUGACGAAAUGUUGGUCGUACGAUCCCAGCAAACGGCCACGAUUCACUGAACUUAAAACACAACUUAGCACCAUAUUAGAGGAGGAGAAGCUUCAGCAGGAGGAGAGACUUAGAAUGGAGAUGAGGAGACAAGUGACAGUGUCCUGGGACAGCGGAGGCACCGACGAAGCUCCUCCUAAACCCAGUCGACCUGGUUAUCCCAGUCCUCGGUCCAGUGAAGGCUUCUUCAACAGCCCCCAGCACAAUCACUUCCCACCAUCAGCCCUUGGUGGGAUGGGAGGAGUGGGAGGCAGUUACCCCCCCUCUGAAACCUGGAGUCAGCAGAGACCUGAACUUACUGCACUGUGGAGCCCCAACACAGAGAACAGUGGAUGUGUUGGACAGGCUCUGAUGGAGGAGAGGCUGAUGAUGCAGCAGCAGCAGAUGGAGGACGACCAGCGGUGGCUGGAACAGGAGGAAGGUUUAAUGAAAACUGAAUCCAGAAACAGCAGAGGAAGCAUGGACAGAGAGGACGGCGUCCUACAGGGUGGAAGCCAACACAUCUACCAACCUGUAGGGAAACCAGAACUUGUGGCUCCUCCUAAGAAACCUCCGCGUCCUGGAGCCCUGGGUCAGCUGAGCGGUCUGAGCCCCGUGGACAGUUACAACGAGGGCGUGAAGCCGUGGAGGUUACAGCCCCAGGAGAUCAGCCCCCCCCCUACCGCCAACUUGGACCGCUCCAAUGACCGAGUGUAUGAGAAUGUGACCGGACUGGUUAAAGCCGUGAUUGAAAUGUCCAACAGGAUUCAGCCGGCAGCGCCAGACGAAUAUGUCCCCAUGGUUAAGGAGGUGGGUCUGGCUCUGAGAACUCUGUUAGCAACAGUGGAUGAGACCAUUCCUGUGUUACCGGCCAGCACACACAGAGAGAUUGAGAUGGCCCAGAAGUUGCUGAACUCGGAUCUGGCAGAGUUAAUAUCAAAGAUGAAACUGGCUCAACAGUACGUCAUGACAAGUUUACAGAAGGACUACAAGAAGCAGAUGCUUAUGGCGGCGCACGCCCUCGCCGUCGACGCCAAGAACCUGUUGGAUGUUAUUGACCAAUCACGACUCAAAAUGAUUGGCCAGACCCGCCCACAUUAACCCCCAGACCUGAACCUGAACAAACGGAGGAGGAGGAGGCUCCUUCAUCGCUCUCCUCCAUGAAACCUUCCCUGCUUCCUCUUCUCCCAUAAUAUUUCCUGUUGUUUUCUACUCUCUUCUAUCGUUUGAAGUCUAGUCUGUCAUGGUUUUUCUUCGGACUUCAGUUCUUCCAUCACAGGUGACACGUUGUAAAUGAUCAGAGAAAGUUUAUCUCCCACUGAGACCCAAACGUGUUGAUGUUUGGUGACUUGCUUGAAGGACUUUGAAGAUGUUUUAGUGGAUGGAAUGGACCCCCGCCUCCUGCCGUCGGCUUCUCCAACACUUAGAGACUGAAACAACUGGAACUGAAGGAGAAGGACGAUGAGCUGAGGACAGUGUUGUUCAGACCAGCUUUUAGAUCAUUAUUAACUCGGACAUUUACAGCCUCUGUCGCUGUUUCUGACUGAAGCUUCUUCAUUUACAUCCAGCUUCUCAUUCGUGUCUUUAUUGUAUUUCAUUGUUGUUUGACUUCUAUCUUCAGAUCUAUCUCAGGCAUCAAGAAACUAAAUUAACACUUUUUAUGAAAACAGAUCAUUCAAAUAGCCACAGGCCACUUUUUAAGUUAACUAUGUAGUAAAUAUACAAAGACGCUCUAUUUUUUAAUGUGUUUGAGGCAUAAAUCUGUCAGGAAUAAAGGUGAAAGAAGGGCUGGUGUUGAGUUACUGUGUGCAAAAUAAACUACAGUCGACUAAACAUGCAUUCUGUUCUAAAUGUUACGGUUUUACUCUGUAACGAUCCUCGAAACGUUCUAAACAUCAGUGUACAUCAUUUUUGGUGCAACGUGCGAUGACUUUAUUAUUUGCUUUGUAAAUUUGAGCUUUAUGUUGUUGGAUCAGCCAUGUUCAGUGUCUUUUCUAUCCCAUUUGUUUUCACUUUUACAGUUUGUCAUUUUCACAAGUUACAGUGCAAACUUUUUUUUCCAGCAGUUUUCAGUUCAUUUUCUCCAGGAAUUGAAGUUUCAGGGACAAUAUAACACCGAAAAAAUGCUGGUUCAUAUACAAAAUAAAAUAAAAGCUAUUGUGAAAACACCAA